AUGGCAGAAACCAAGUUUUUGAACAAGAAAGAGAUUUCAUUAAAGGAGAGUGACCAGACUGAACCUGCACUUGUUGACAACUCAAAUACUCUUGCUAAUCUGGCAUCUGCUCGAGAAAAUCCCAAGUUUCAACGGAUGGUGCAACACAUUGAGACAUUACUAGAAAGGACAAAAGGAGCUAGACAUGAAAUGGAGCGGAUGAUUCAAAUCACAAAGGAGUUGCGAGAUCAGUGUGCUUUACAGGAGCAGGAAUGCGUAGCGCUCGAGGUAGACCAAACCAAGGUCAAGGAAGAAAUCAAUGGACUAACUGGACGGUUGAAGACGUUGAUGAGUGAUAAGAUUUCUACUGAGCAAAAGCUAGAAGAGUUGCGAUUAGAAAAUAUCAAGUUGGAUGCAUUCUUGCAGCAAGCCCAAGACUCGUCUCUUGACGAUUGA